AUGACUUUCCUCCCAAAAGUUCCUUAUGCCUUCCUUCCUUCAAUCAACCAAGAAACUAACUAUAAUGAUGAUGACAACAAUGUUAGUAUGAAAGUCAUUUUCUUCGGCAACAAAUAUUACAAAUGGAAUAAUAUCCUCUACUCUACUGAAGGUGCUUGGUGUGUAGGCUCUUCCAACAAUUUCUUAAUGUUUCUUGACAACAAAGGUCGUCCUUUUCUUAUAAACCCGUUUUCCAACACUUUCAUUGGCGUCCCACCUUUUACCGACUCAUUUAUUCGAGGUGCAAAUAUUCCUUCUUAUUCCUAUUAUGUUCAAUACCUUCGCAACACCUUUGUUUCCAAAGUGGCAGUGAUGUCUUUUCCAUCUCCUCUAAAAUACACUAUUGCCAUUAUGUAUGAUUACCCAUGCAAGAUAUCUUUUAGCAACAACAAAAGUACUUCGUGGGUCGAACUAUGUGAAUUGAAACGGUCCUAUUUUGAUAUUGUGUUUGAUAACAAUAUUCUAUAUGCUUUGGAUGAAGAUGGGUUUAUUGAAGGAUGGAAUUUUUGUCAUCAAGAGGUUCCAAAAAGAAUUUUUGAAGUUAAUCAUCCCACCAUGGUGAUAGAUAAUGAAGAAGAGAAGAAAUUUCCAUUUGAUAAGUUUUCAACAAAAUUUUAUUUGGUGAAAUCAAAAAAGCAAUUCUUGUUGAUAGAAAGAUUUAUUGGAAAUUUCGUUAAUACUAAAGAUUUAUUGAAUAUGUGUUCCAACACUUCAUAA